GGGAGGUGAAAUCCGGUUCUAACCGGUCCGGGGCUCCCAGCGCUAUAAAAACUUUAUAAACCCCCGGAGCCCGAGCAGUGUGAAGAAGAGGAGGCGAGAACGACCCCCGGACCGGCCAAAGCCCGCGCGCCGCUGCAUCCCCGCGUCCAGCGCCUACGUCCCGCCGCCGUCGCCACCAUGCCCAAGAGAAAGGCUGAAGGGGAUGCUAAAGGAGAUAAAGCCAAGGUGAAGGAUGAGCCACAGAGAAGAUCUGCAAGGUUAUCUGCUAAACCUGCUCCUCCAAAGCCAGAGCCCAAACCUAAAAAGGCCCCUGCAAAGAAGGGAGAGAAGGUACCCAAAGGGAAAAAGGGGAAAGCUGAUGCUGGCAAGGAUGGGAAUAACCCAGCAGAGAAUGGAGAUGCCAAAACAGACCAGGCACAGAAAGCUGAAGGUGCCGGAGACGCCAAGUGAAGUGUGUGCAUUUUUGAUAACUGUGUACUUCUGGUGACUGUACAGUUUGAAAUACUAUUUUUUAUCAAGUUUUAUAAAAAUGCAGAAUUUUGUUUUACUUUUUUUUUAAGCUAUGUUGUUAGCACACAGAACACUUCAUUGUUGUUUUGGGGGAAGGGCAUAUGUCACUAAUAGAAUAUCUCCGAAGCUAGAUUGAUUCAAGGGGAAAAACACCAUUCCCUUCUAGUUCUGAGAAACUUCCUCUUGGUUCCCAGGAGGAGCAAUUCCUUGAUGUUGACACACAUUAGCCACCUUGGCACAAACGCCUUGUAGGGUGGAAAAUCUAAAAUUCAUUUUUUAUGUCCUUUUCUCCCUCUGCCUUCAACAUAGACUUGACUCCCUUAAACCCAGAGACCUGUUGGAACCUGACCCCAAGAAAUGGUUCCCAGUAUGUCAGGCAAUCUGGACUUUACAGUGUCACCAUGGAGAUGGCAUCCCUCAAAAGAGUUCCUUUUUUAGCUUGUGGAGCUUCAGAUUGAUAAUUCUGCCAUUUUCAUUUCAUUUCCUGAAAGUCAGGGUCGGCUUGUGAAAAGUUGUUAAACAACAUGCUAAAUGUGAAAUGUCAACCCUCACUCUAAACUUUCCCUGUUCAGAGCAUCAAAUGAAGAUUUCAUUGGGUUUUAUAGUGGCUUUCUGAUUUUGGUAGUCCAUUGAAGAAGGGAGUUUGAAAGUUGUUGUAUACUGUUAACGAUUGUCUGCCCAUGUCCUGCCUGAAAUACCAUGAUUGUUUAUGAAAAGUAUCUUUAAUAAAGCUGGAUACAGUUUGGCUUGGAA